AGCCCGCCCGCCUGGGUCGUGUUCUGCAUCCCGGUGGGGAUGCACGGCGGCGGAGGCACGGGUUGCCGCUUCCCGAGACGCUAGCCACGUCUCUCCUUUGGGUCAGCCCCUCUCUCUGACCGGGCGCUCCCCACAGCCCGACAGCGGGGGACCGGCCCCGGGGCGGGCCGGGCGUGGGGUGGCCCCGGGGCGGAGCGCGGGCGGUCCCGCAGCCCCGGGAGCGGUGCGGCGGCGGCGGUGGGUCCCCAUGGACCUCCCGACGGAGGCGGCCCGUCUGGACGGGGACUGGCAGGAGGUCUACUCGGCUCUGCAGUGGAUCCAGUUCACCAUGGCCAUGCUCAGCGUCGUAGGUUCCAGCUCAAUCAUUGCUUAUGCUGUCUUCCAAAACACCGUGCGGUCCCCCGAGGUUCGUCCGCUUUUCUACCUGAGUCUCUCUGACCUAUUUGUGGGCAUGUGCUGGCUUGCUGGGGCUCUCCUUUAUAGCACACCAACCUCCAAGCAGGACCUUAUUUGCUACAACCUGCAGGCAACAGGACAAAUAUUCUAUAUGGCCUCUUUUCUAUACACUGUCAACUACACCUGGCAUCUCUACAUGGACCUAAAGAUGAAAUACAACCAGAACCUUUUCAGGAUGCCCUCCCAGGUUGUAGGCUACGCGAGUUGCAUUGGCCGAAUAGCCACCAUCUUAUCCAGCCUGAUCCCUUUCCUUCUCAUGGUGCCUGUGUUCUGCCUGGGCAACAUCAGUAAUUGCUACCAGAACUUCAGCCAGAAGCAUGGAUGUCUCCUGAUGCACAUGGAAAUAGCUGACCCCACCAAUGAGCUGCAGACCCUGAGCGGCUCCAUUUGCCAUGCGAUGCAUUUCUACGGCGUUGGAGUCUUCCUCGUUUCCUUUCUGAUCAGCUUUGUAGCUAUUCUGGUCGUACUCAGUCAAGCCCGAGGUUUGUACAAAAGGUUUGUGACCUCCACAGGAUUCCUGGGGGAUCAGCAGUGGGCUGUGAUUAAGAUGGUAGAACAACGAAUGGUGUUUUACCCCGUCGUGUUCUUCUGCUGCUGGGCCCCAGCUGUCCUCCUUGGCAUAUUGAAGCUGGCUGGUUCAGCAAACAGCAAGAUCUACAUGGCUCUUCUGAUUCUGCAGGCUCUCACAGCAGCUUCCCAGGGGCUUCUGAACUGCAUGGUGUAUGGCUGGACACAACAUGUCUUCCUCUCCCUCAAGCGCAAGGCCUGCCGGGACGUGGACACACAGACUCCUCUCCUGCGCUCCCAGAAGAAGUUCUACGCCAGCACGCUCCCCACCAGCCCCUCGGAUGCUGAGGGGUCCACCUCCACCCUGCUCUGAUGAGUCCCUUCCUCAAGGGAGACCAGGCAGAGUCCUAAUGAGGUCUCAUCGUGUUUUAGCCAGUAUGGGACUGUCUUCUACAAACUGUCCUGCCAGCAGCAGUGUCAGUGCUGGAGGAGCCUGAGCAGGUCUGUUGGAGAGAGACACUUCACUGAAGAUAGUUAUUUAUUUGCCAGGUGUGGAUGGACUGUAACUGGAGCUUUUAACCAUGGUAAACCUUUAGCACAGGACUUUCUCCUCGUGGACAUCUCUCUAGACAGGCAGCAGAUUGCGUGUAGCGGCUCGGAGGUGUGGUACAGCUCCUCUGAGGAGCAGGUGGGCAAAGGACGUUUUACUUCUCAAAGUCUUUGCUGUUACAAAUCAGCAGUAAAGCAA